ACUCUCUGUUUCUCUUGUGACAGCCCGCCAUGGCGCUCGCUACCAAGGACCAGUCGCGAAACAUCUUCGCAAAAUUGAAAAUCAAGCCUGCGAACAAGGUAUGUUUCGAUUGCGGCGCGAAGAACCCAACAUGGAGCUCCGUCCCGUUUGGCAUCUACCUCUGCCUCGACUGCUCGGCGAACCAUAGAAAUAUGGGAGUGCACAUCUCGUUCGUGCGCUCGACCAACCUGGACAUCUGGCAAUGGGAUCAGCUGCGCAUCAUGAAGGUUGGUGGCAACGAGAGCGCGACCAAGUACUUCCAGACACAUGGCGGCUCUGCUGCGUUAGCAAGCAAGGACCCCAAGACGAAAUACACGAGCAAUGCGGCAACCAAGUACAAAGAGGAGCUACAAAGGCGCUGCGUUGUAGAUGCCAGACAAUAUCCUGAAGAGGUCGUAAUCACAGACGUGCCCGAAGCGACCGGCAGCGAAGGGACCACUCCAGCCGGCGAAGACGACGACUUUUUCUCUUCCUGGGACAAGCCCGCCGUCAAGCGCCCGUCCAACCCACCAUCACGCACCGGCACGCCCCGCGCGCAGUCGCCCUUCUUGAAACCUGGUGCAACUGGCAACGGCACCGACCGCCCCAAGUCCCCGCUAGCAGGCGGCUCCGCAUCCACACCACCCGUCGCCAGACCUGCUGUCAAGAAGGCCACAUCAGGUGUUGCGCCGAAGAAAAACAUCCUAGGGGCCAAGAAGAAGGGGCUGGGCGCAAAGAAGGUGGUUGCCAGCGAUGGUCUCGACUUUGAAGAGGCUGAACGCAAAGCCCGCGAAGAAGCUGAACGUAUCGAGAAACUCGGCUACGACCCAGACGCGGAAGCUGCAGAGACCAGUGCGACGACCAAGCCCAAGGCCCCCGAAGCAUCCAAUAUCGUUGCGCCAACGCCCCUCUCGCCAUCCCGCGGUGGGUUCGGUACCACAUCAAAACCCGAGAAGUCAAGUAAGGACGUCGAGAGACUGGGGAUGGGAGUCGCACGCCUCGGAUUCGGACAGGUGGGUGCUGCGAAGUCGGCCGCUGCACCCAAGAAGAUGGGUGGCUUCGGCAGCACGAGUAAGCCUGUUGCGGACGACAGCGAGACGUACGCACGCGAGAAGUUUGGCACGCAAAAGGGCAUCGGGAGUGACGAGUUCUUCGGCCGCGGGUCAUUCGACCCAAGUGCCGCCGCUGAAGCCAAGUCGAGGUUAACAGGCUUCGAAGGCGCCACCGCCAUCUCUUCAAACGCCUACUUCGGCCGUCCCGAGGAUGAUGUCCCAGAAGACGACUACGGCGACCUCGAGGGCGCAGCGAAGGAUUUCGUUCGCAAGUUCGGCAUCACCGCCAGCGACGACCUCGAGAACCUUACCAGCUUGCUCGGCGAGGGCGCGUCAAAACUGCAGGGUGCGGUUCGGAACUACCUCAACUCAUAAAUGGAGAUGUUGUUGUUAUAGGGCGUUUUUAACCGGCGCGCAUGCGUGCAAAUUUGGGUGGUCCGAUUUGGUUUGGUCUCCUUGUUGGGUAGAGGGCAUGUAACGACCAAAAGCAUUUACGAAGCAGGACGUCGUGUGGUAGUGUAACGCAGAGGAAGGGCGUGACAGCGGUGAGCGUGUAGGUGGAUGGACGUAGCACACCUGAUAGAGGCCGGGUGCGAGCCACUUAUUCUUCAAUUCUCGAGCAAGCGUGUUAAUCUUCGG